GUCCUCCCAAAGAACCUGGACUCGUCCGACGUACAUGCAAGACGUAAUUACAUGGCCUUGAUUGAUUUGGAGAGGAGGUGGUGUCUUUAUCGUCGCCGGCCUCUUCCGAGGGACUGCGACUGAGUUGCCAUUCUGUGCACCGAUGCCAGUGCGCACGCAGAAUGGUGACCAAGGUUCCCAUCACCUGUCAAACCCACUUUCGAAGGAAUUUGGAUUUUCAAGAAAGUUGCUUUUGACUACCACAUCGAAUAGGCUUCAUCUAUAAAGAAAUGUUUGGAGGACAGUUUUGUUUAAUUUGAAGACUAUAUUUAGCCAACUUAUUUGGAGAGUAACCAGCGUCGUUCGUUGCGCUACUUUACUGCCGAAUCGAACAGAGGAACCUUUUUUUUAAUCGGCGCGCAUGAAUUAAGAAAUUACUAAUCUUUGUUUUAUAUUAGUUGGCUCAGAACUGAUCGAAUAAUCUUUUCACUAAUUCUUUGGUCAGGGUGCAGGGUUCUUCUUUUUUCUUUUUCUUCUUCUUCUUGUAGAACUACUAUCCUUCACUACUACUAGUAGUACUACUACUACUACAACCACUAGUUAUUAUCUACAAAGGCCAAACCGUCCAGAAAGGUCGUUUUAAAGCAAGCGGAGCAGCAUCCGGACGGAAGAGGACUUUGGAAAAAGUUUGUAGAAGAAAAGGAAGAGAACUUCACGGACUCAUCAGAUUUCAGACACAAGUCCAAGUCUCCGUGCGAUGCGAUUGUAAAUGCUGGGGCAAUGUCCCGUCGCAAGCAGGGGAAUCCACAGCACUUGUCCCUGUCGCAGAGGGACACCAUACAACCCAGUUCCAACCAUGACAUGGGGGCGGAGCUGCGCCCUCCAGAACCGUCCCUGGUCGGCUCAGUGGGCGGGGCUGGGGAGCGAGACCUGCUGACCUGUGGCCAGUGCCAGACAAACUUCCCUCUGGGAGAUAUCCUGGCCUUCAUAGAGCACAAGCGGAGGCUGUGCCGCGGCGCGGGCGCCUGCUACAGCAAGCCCGGGGAGAAGGGUGGCCCCGCCUCCCCUGGAUCACCACCCGCUGAGCUCGGCCGCAGACUCCGCCCCGUGGAGGUCGGGAUCCAGGUCACGCCAGGGGAGGAAGAGGAGGAGAAGCGACUGACGCCCGCCAGAGGAAUCUGCCCUAAGCAAGAGAGCAUCCCAACAGGGAAAGACGAGCCGUCCAGCUACAUCUGCACCACGUGCAAGCAGACGUUCACCAGCGCCUGGUUCCUGCUGCAGCAUGCGCAGAACACCCACGGCAUCCGCAUCUACUUGGACAACCACCCGUCCAGCUGCUCGCUCACGCCCCGCAUGGCCCUGCCUCCGCCGCUGGGGGCGGACACCCUGCCCCGCUCGCCUCUGGCCAGUUUCCUGGGGGACGGUGCCAACCCCUUCCACCUGCUACGCAUGGCCGCCCCACUGCUGCGCGAGCCCCCGCCUGCUGGUUACAUGGAGACCCGCCUGCCCACCACGCCGCCGUUCGUGAGCCCGCCGCCGCCGCCCCGCCACCCCCUGGACCGCCUGGGCCCGGAGGAGAUGGGCCUCCUGUCCCAGCACCCCAGCGCAUUCGAGCGGGUGAUGCGGCUGGCGCCCAUGCCCAUCGAACCUCCGUCCAUGGAUUUUUCCCGACGCCUCCGCGAGCUGGCAGGCAACAACAACAACGGCGGGCCCACGCCUCCCCUCUCGCCCAAUCGCGUGCCGCCCAUGCACAGGCUCCUUAGCCCCACCCUCUUCCAGCCCGGGUCCAAGCCUGCGGCGUUCCUGACUGCACCCCAACAGGUGCCGCCGGCCCCGCCCAGGGGCGGUCCCUCACCGCCCUCCGGCCAAGCGGGCAAGGUCAAGGCCUGCGAGUUCUGCGGCAAGACCUUCAAGUUCCAGAGCAACCUGAUUGUGCACCGGCGCAGCCACACCGGCGAGAGGCCAUACAAGUGCCACCUGUGUGAGCAUGCUUGCUCCCAGGCCAGCAAGCUGAAACGGCACAUGAAGACGCACAGGCACAAGCCCGGCUCCAUGGGCAGCUCCCCGGAGCGGGGCGGCCGGGACUCGACGGGCGAGGAGGCGAAGGGUGGGGAGGGCAACGGUGCGGGUGGUGGGCCGGACAACGACGAGGACGAUGACGAAGAGGAAGAGGAGGAAGAGGAAGAAGAGGAGGAAGAGGAGGAGGAGGAAGAGCAGCAGAAUGGCGGCAGCAGCAGGCCUGAGUCUAACCUCAGCAUGGACUCCGAGCUGAGUAGGAACAGGGAGGGCGACCCGCGGGCCUCGCUGAGCGAGAAGGCCUACGCUCCCGACAGAGUGGCAGGGAGACAAUACAACAGCCUUGACAAUCACCUGAGAGUGCCUCUGGGCACCAGAGCGCAGGGGGAGCCGGGCACUGAUGCAAUAGGCAGGGAGGUAGGGGCAGAGGGCCGGCCCAUGGUGAACGGCAGGGGCUGUGGCCCUGAAGACCCCGUCGGCGGCCUGUUCCAGCAGAAGCCCAUGCCCAUCUCUAGCCCGAGCCUCUCCGGCUCCUCAGCCAAGAGGAUCAAGGUGGAGAAAGACCUGGAGCUGCCGCCCAUGCCUCUCAUCUCCUCGGAAAACGUGUACUCCCAGCUGCUGGCCGGCUAUGCCGCCACCCGACACUUCAUCCGAGAGCCCUUCCUGAGCUUCAGCGACUCCCGCCAGUCGCCCUUCGGCACCUCCUCUGAGCACUCCUCCUCCGAGACGGGCAGCCUGCGCUUCUCUACGCCACCCGGCGAGCUGCCCGAGGGCCGGAGCGGCGGCAGCACGCCGCACCUCCAGCUGCGGGGCCCGGGCCCCGGGAGGCCGCCCGGCUCCAAGGAGGGCCGGCGGAGCGACACGUGCGAGUUCUGCGGCAAGGUGUUCAAGAACUGCAGCAACCUGACGGUGCACCGGCGCAGCCACACGGGCGAGCGGCCCUACAAGUGCGACCUGUGCAGUUACGCGUGCGCGCAGAGCAGCAAGCUCACCCGCCACAUGAAGACGCACGGGCAGUUCGGCAAGGAGGUGUACCGUUGCGACAUCUGCCACAUGCCCUUCAGUGUAUACAGUACCCUGGAAAAACACAUGAAGAAGUGGCAUGGGGAACAUUUGAUGAGCAACGAAGUCAAACUGGAGCAGGCUGACCGGGGCUGAACCCUCGCCUUCUGACUGUACGAUGGGUUUGGCUGGAUAGACUUUUGGAAAAUUCUGACUAUCUGAGUUAUUUUUUUCUCUUUUAAACUUUUUUUUUUUUCAUUUUUGUUUUUUUGUUUGUUUGUUUUUUUUCUAGUAAAAACAAACUGCCACCUGAGAAAUAAGGACAUUAGUAAAUGUUUGUGAACAGGUUGAAAAGUCCUGUAGCCAUUCCCAGUGACCAGCAGAGGAGCUGUCCAUUAGAAACCCAUGGAGCCUUUCUACUGUGCAAUAAUUUCUGUAUUUAUUGGAUUUCGUAAUGAUACAUGGCAUGUGCAGGUAUGUUAUCAAAGGGGUUUUUCAAUGCAUUUCUUUGUGAGAAUUUUUAUUUUCAGGCACCAUUCUAAGAUAUGACAGAUACUGAGAUUUUGGCGCUUCGCCACGUUUAUGUUUGACCAAUUUCCUAAAAGGAAAAAAAUAAACUGUUACCCUAACCCUGAUCAAUUCUCAAGAAGGGGCCAACUUCUAAAAUCAGAGGAAGUGUACUACUGCGGUUUGCAGUCCCACCUGACUUGGGUCAUAUUUUUAAAGAGUGAAGCACUGAAUGUCAACUUGACAAUAAAUAUUAAACAUAUUUGAGGGGUUUGGAUGAUCAGGGAUGACUCAGACAGCUGGUCACUGACCAUGGUCAAAUCAUCAGUAUGUUCUAUUUUUCUUUAAGACAUGUAUGAUUUCAGCUGUUAACAAAUGACAAAAGUACUUCUUUCUGACCUUAAUAUACUCAUUCAGCCAGUGUUGAUUUUUCUAUAUUCCUCAAAAUGCUGAUAAGGUGAUAUAGCCUAUAUUUUACUUUAAAAGAUCCAAAUGUUUACAUUACCACAGUCUAACCUCCAUAUAUAGCUUGAAAAGCUACCAUCCAGUGUAUAUUUUGUUAACACACAAAAGUAAAGGGUUUGGCUUUAUGAUGCAGCAAAAUGUCCAUGAACUUAUAUUUUCGUCUGAUUGAACACUUCUGGCCAAUUCGAUAUUGUUUGCAAAUCUAUAAACAUACUAGGACCAGUAGUGUUCACCUGUAUUAAAUCCAACCCAUGGCUCAUACCACAACACCAGCCAGGACCGUUCAGUUCUUUGGUCUCACAGUAUUAUGAACUUACUAUAGUGGACAUUGUGUGUGGUUAGUUGUGCAGGGCGUGUGGUCGCACUAGAGGGAGAUCCCUGAAAGGGUCACUCUGUUUCAUGGUGACAUGGAGUCCAGGGACGUUCUCUUGUUUCUCUGCUGUUCUGCUCGGAGAGGCCACCCUGCCUGGCUCCUCGUAACACGCGGAUCUCAUCUAUGUCCUGAAUACACUGCCAGUCUCUCCUCAGAACGCAUGUCGUCCUGCUGCUCAGUUUUAGCACUGUCCUAAACCCAAGGUAAUCUAACAGUUAGCACUUAGAAAAAUAGUCAAAUGUUGGCUUUCGUUUUUUGUGGAUUUUUGAAAAAAAACAAACAACAACAACAUUUUUUUCGAACUAAUUUGACGUCAUUUAAGUUGGAGUCAUGUGAAAACAUGAAAACAUACCUUAUGACUAAUUUGUAAAUUCACGACCUGCAAGUGUAGCCUGCCACGUUCCAUUUAUCCCCAUCAUCCUCCAGAUACGACUUUGUGUACAUCUUGAGUAGCGCAGACGGAAAGAAGUGGCCGCAACGUGAAUGAAAGUUGUGGAUUUAAGCAAAACAAAAGGGUGAAUGGUAUAAAAGGGUUUUAGUGAAGAAGGCAUGCCAAAUUAAAGUGCCAGUCCUGAUACCCUGAGGCAACCUGGCCUCUAGUGUUUACCACCAUUCGAUUUGACAUGCACAUGAAUUAUUAUGCAGUGAGGAUUCUCCGAUGCAAUUAAGACCCCAGCUACACCAUAAAACUCACACUUCUAACAAACGCAGCCAACUGAACCCAAGGUAUCAGUUUGCAUUUGUAAAAUGAAAUCCAUUAAAAUGACAAAAAGAUCACUUUAGCGGUAAAAAAAAAAAGAGGUUAAUAUUUAUACAUUUAAUGUGUGUAAUAUGUGUGAUACCUUUCAAAGUAAGACUUAACUCACAGGUUUGGGUCCCACAUGUGAGAUGACCGAGCCAUCUCUGCCUUGAUACCCGCAGCUGGUUCCUUACCAGCAGUGACAGAAGAAAAUCCACAGUAGGAAAAGAGGAAAAAAUGACACUCUGUCUUUAAAUAAUGUUUACAGUGUUGAAGUACAAGGACAAUGAAUUCCUGUGUAAAUGUGUUUUAAAAGAGAAAGAAAUAUUCUUUCAUUUUCCUACCAUUUUUGAAUGCCAUAGCAGGGGUUUUUUUUGUUUAUUUUUGUUUUGUUUUUUGGUGCAGGGUUUAUUUUCCAUAAAUUUCAGUGGAUAUACACGUAUAUGUUUUGUUCACUGUUAAAUACACAGUGUAUUUGUAUACCAGUGGCAUUUUAUGAAAUGAUGCAAAAAAAAUCUUUAUAUUUUGCAGUCCAUUAUAAAAUUGUGAGUCUAUCCAAAUGUUUUUGUCUCUAUAUCUGUUGAUAAUUUUGGUAAAUCCAUCCUUUCAAGGA